GAACGGGAGGCUAGUCGCGGGAGUUCCUUUCUGCGUCGUGGACCGCUCCCUGCACCUACACCACCUACACCACCUACACAACACGAAUAACAUUCUAGCAAUACACAUCAUAUCCCAGCAGACUUGAUAUCACGAUAUAAAGCACCAUCUCUAAAUGGCGGAAGCACAGCGCGCCGUCACUGCGGCCUUCCCUCCUCCACCGCCGUUCUGGAAACACUUCUCUAAGGAAAAUGUCGAGAAGCUGGACAAGCUCAAGGCAGAAUCGGCCAAGUCGCACGACGGGAACCCAAAGAAGAAAUGGUCGCCCAGCGAGCUGCAGGCGUUGGAUACACCGUCCGAACUCCGGUACUUGAUUCCUCCCAAGGCCCCGACCGAAGGAACUUAUAGUGUUUUCGGGGAGCUACAAAAUCUCUCCAGUGCUCUCCCAUCUCUGAAAGACCAAGGAAUUGAGCAACUCUACCCCGAACCCCCGGCCACCGACGGGGGAAAGGAAGCCCAAGUCGCCCAGCCCUUGAAUCACGCGUUUUAUUUGCUAAAAAUUAGCAAAUCUCUGCUCCUCAACUUUCUAGAGUUUGUCGGUAUUCUGUCUAUCGCGCCCGAACAAUUUGAAACGAAACUAGACGAUCUACGGAACCUUUUCAUCAACGCCCACCACUUGCUCAAUCUUUACCGGCCUCACCAGGCACGAGAAUCACUGAUACUCAUGAUGGCAGAACAACUAGAAAGUACAAGAAAUGAGAUCCAGGAGAUGGACCAAAUACAGAACCGCGUUGAGAGGCUACUUGAGCAGCUUGCAGUUGAAGCAAAAGACGUGGCUGAUCCAAUCCUGUCGGAGUCGAAAGAGGACACAAAUGGUGCACAGAUCGACAAUAAGACGGUGCAGGAAGCGCGCCAGCUCUGGGAUUUGUUGGAAGAGUACGACUCUUGAUCUCUUUGCCGCUCCUUGAUUAUUACCAGACUAUAUCACUUUGAGCGCUGUCGAAAUUGCGCAGCCGGCAAUAUCGCGGAAUUGAUCUUCCACGAGCAUAGAACAGUGAAAUUGAGACUCAGCUCCACAGAAUAUCAUGUUGGAAUGACUGUCAAUCUUCAUGCAUCAACAAUGAUAUUGAGCUAUCGGAGAGGAGAUAUUCCGGCCGGUCACGUGAGCCGCUAAUUUCCCCAAGCUUUAAAGCGCCACACAAAUUUUCACCUCGUUUCUACAGCCCAAACUCU